CGUAAACAAAACGGCUGGCAGUGAUUUCUCUACACACUCGGCUCACUUGUGCACAAACCACGAUUUUAAUCUAGCUACCGGUCAGAAUGGACUUGAACAACGUCAGGCGCGUAUCUUCUGCAGGAUACCGGUUACCGGAACGAGCCAACGGGACCAGGCCGAUAACAACCGAGCCACCGGCGGACAGGGCGAGCUACGCGAGAGGUGGCGCGGUGUCCGUGGAGCCGAACCCAGACAGGAGGGAUCCCGUUAAACAGGACCGAGUGUGGAAAGAGAUGGUGAGGGGGGAGAGGAGAGGAGUGCGGGAAUGGGAGAAGAACUGGAACUUUCUCAGGAACUAUGAUCAGAUGGGGCAGCUGAAGUCACCGGAGCCAUUACCCAACUACGUGUCGCUCUUCUCUGAUCGCGUCCCCAACACCACCAACCAGAUGUUUGGCAGCAGACUGUCCACUCCGCUGGGCAGUGAUCUUGUCAGACUGGACAGGCUGUUCCUCUGGUCUGGAAGUCAUCACAGGUGCAAGCAGGACCCAGAGAUGCAGCCGUGCUAGACGGCUCUGAAGACGAGUCUAUUGUCAUCUGGACCUCUGCACAUCAGAGACAGACUGCACUGUCCUUAUAUGGAGCUUGGAUGGGUUUGGCAUGGUGUGGCACUCAGCAUAGCUGGAGUUUAGAUUUGAUGUUGUGUUUUCUAUUUAUCAUUUUAAUGCAGAGUGAAUAUUAAGUAAAUAUAGACAUCUACUUGGAAGCCAUAUCAGGGAGGGAGUCAGGACUAAUAGGACAAGUAUGGUUGUUGUCUUACAUCUGCUAAUUUACCAGUUAUAUCAUUCUUUGAUCAGACUUUACAUCUAGAAAUGUAUUCAUUUAUUCAUAGACGUGUGUGUUUUUUUUUGUGUGUUUACAAAAAUGUUCCAUGCAAAGAGUACACAAGUCAAUGUUGAAGGCAUUUGCUCAGCGAUAAGGACAGGUGAGAAGGGAAGAUCAGAUUCAUGUCAUCCGAGCUCCACCAGCUGUUUAAUCAGAUACUUGAUAAUUGAACAAGAUACCUGAUCAAAUUUGGAUGAGUGAAAGGUUGUGUCACCACUACAUUUCUCUGUGCACUCAAAUAGUGCUGCAGGCCGAACAAACAACAUACCUUUGCAUACAGUUUAAAAUAGAACAUGAGAAUCUCACUUGCUGAUGCUAUUAGCCUAUAAUAUAUCUUAUUUUGGUGUUUAUUUUUUCAUUUUCAAUUUAAAAGUCCUAAAAUUGCUGUUACACAUUAUAUGUUUGCCAGGACCUUUAAGCCACUGUUCGAUGAUGGAUAUAUGGAAUUAUAUUCAUUUAAUUUGUGUGAUUUUCACGAUGGUGUAGCUUCCACUGUGAUCUGCACUUUACGUAAGUGGCAGCAUAUCUCAGGUUGUUGUACUGCAGUAACUGCUUUAAAAUGCUAUUCUGUAUAUUGUUAUAAAUCAAUGCCACUUUUGUCUAAAUGUUAAGGAAAAUGUUGGUCCCCAUUGAAUUUGAAAAACUUAUAAGAUCUGGAUCGAAGUCAAUGUCUC